CGUCCCAGAGGCUGCCCAGAGGGUGUCUGUGAACGAAGAGAGAAGGAGAAGCUUCUGGGUCAAUUUGCCGGUCGAACCUGGAAAAGAACCACCUUCCCCAGCUAAGGCUGCUCUCCCUACACACUCCACAAGGUACACGAUCCAAAAAUAACCCGGAUUACAGAAGAUGGGGAUCAUGUCUGUCUUGGCCCUGCCUAUUCUAGUGGUGCUCGUGGCAGGAAUCUAUUAUGUGUACAAUGAGGUGCUCAGGUUCAUGUCCAAGUCAGUGGUGCGAAACAAGGUGGUGGUGAUAACAGAUGCCACAUCAGGAGUGGGAAGCGAAUGUGCCAGGCUAUUUCACAAGAGAGGAGCCCGGCUGAUCCUGUGUGGGAAAAGCUGGGAUAAACUGGAAUCCCUCUCUGAUGCUCUGAGCAGUGCAUCAGACCCCAGUGUGACCUUCACGCCCAAGCUGGUGGUGCUGGACUUCAGUGACAUGGACAGCACACCCAGUGUGGUCACGGAGAUCGUGGAAUGCUUCGGUUGCGUAGAUGUGCUCAUCUGCAACAGCAGCAUGAAAGUCAAAGCACCUGCUCAGACAAUUUCUCUGGAAAUGGACAAGACAGUCAUGGACACCAACUACUUUGGCCCUGUCACUCUAGCCAAGGGUGUUCUGCCUUCCAUGAUGUCUCGGAGGAGUGGCCACCUGCUUCUGGUCAACAGUGUCCAGGGGAAACUGUCUGUGCCCUUCCGCACUGCCUAUGCCGCCUCCAAGCAUGCUGUCCAAGCCUUCUUUGACUGCCUGCGUGCUGAAGUGGAGGAGUACGGCAUCUCAGUCAGCACCAUCAGCCACACUUUCAUCAACGCCGCCUCCCAGGAGGUCACCCCUUCCUCCACAUCCGACAAAACCCUCUGGACAUUCCUCUCCAGGUACUUGUCCCACGGAGUCCCCCCAGUGGACUUGGCUGAGGAGAUCCUGAGCACAGUGAGCAGGAAGAAAAGGGAGGUGCUCAUGGCACACCCCAUCCCAUGGGUUGCCCUCUACAUCCACUCCUUCUUCCCCAGCCUCUUCUUUGCUGUUGUUGCUGCCGGGGUGAAGGAUUCACCCAUGGCUGAGCAAGUGCAGUAGAUUGAAAUCACAUGAACAGCUGUUCUGAAGCCACAGUGUUCGGGAGAUUUAUAAUUCAACAUCUGUGACUGCCCGCGAGGCACAGUUCAGACUAUAUCAGGCAGAAAAAUGGCUGGAAGAGUGUGGUAGUCUUCACUGAUCUAAAUGGUGGUACAGUUCAGCAGACUUUCAAACAAUGAUAAUUUUUUUAAAAAAAAACUUCUCUUGUAAGUACUUGUAAUGACAGAAGGACAGAAUUUUCAAAAUUUUGUGGAAGUAAAUUUUGCUCUGACAUAUAUGUAAAAGAAUUUCCUUUGGCAAAUUAUAGUAUAAGAUAUACUAAAUAUAAAUAAAUAUA